AUCUACAAUGUUUGGAGGCCGAUCCGUAGAGUUCAUGACAUUCCUCUUGGUAUCUGCAAAUGGGAUUCAGUCUCCCAAGAAGAUGUUUUAGAUUGGGGAAUCUUACCAACAUACGUUGCAAACACUGUUCAGGCAUGGAAAUAUAGAAAAGGUCAAAGUUGGUUUUACUUAAGUAAACAGAGACCUGACGAGGUUUAUGUAUUUAUGCAACAUGAUAGUCGGGCACCUAAUUCACAUGGGAUUAAUGUUCCACACGCUUCAUUU